AUGGUUCUAAAAUAUAACACAAAAACGAUGGAGCUUCUGAAAUAUACCUUGAUGGGUUUGAUCGUGACGUGUUUGUCAGUGGCAGCUGAUCCAUUAAAACAAAAACCACAAACAUUGAAUUCUUCACCUGCAAAAAACUCCCAAGAGCAAGUAGCUAAUGAGUUAAAGCCAGAUUUUGUGCCAAUAUACCUGUACGCUAGAGAAAAUUCACUGGACGGUGAUUAUAACUUCAAAUAUGAAACCGGAAAUGGCAUUUACGCGGAAGAACGUGGUGUUAUGUUGAACAAGGGAACGGAAAACGAAGCGAACUCGGUGGUCGGCUCGUACAAGUACGUCUCUCCGGAAGGUUUACCGAUAGAGGUGACCUACACCGCGGGAGUAGAUGGGUUCCGAGCAUACGGCGCACAUCUGCCCGUUGGUCCGCCUGCGGCGUCCAACUUGCCAAAAAGUUUGGCGUUCAAGAACGUCGCCCAGACGACCGCCUUCGCCCGGCCGCAGUUCAGGUUGGCCAACUCCGAUUCGUUGGACGAUGGCGGACAAGCGAGGUCGGAGCAGCAGCUUCAAACGGUUUCGGAGCUGCCACAAUUGCGGUCAUCGGAGCAGCCUCAAGUGCAGUCAUCGGAGCAGCCCCAAGUGCGAUCAUCGGAGCAGCCCCAAGUGCGGCCAUCGGAGCAGCCACAAGUGCCGUCGGUUGCAGAACAGGUCAGUGCAGGUCAAGCGGCCAACGACGUGGCGGAACAAUCGCAGAACGUGUUGUUCGUGGGCCGUGGGCCAACCGAAAAGCCGUUGGAAAUGAUCGUCCGCGCAUCGGUUGCGACGGCUGACCAAUCGCAGGGUCCGUCGGCUGGUAACCCCCAAGACUAUUACCAACAGUUCCGCGGCCAACCCGUUCCGGAACUGCAAUCAGCAUACCCGGCUCCGGGACCGCAGCCGCGACCUUCACCGCAGCAACAGCAGCAGCAGUCUGUCAUGCAGAGGUUCGAACCACCCAGAUCGGCAGCACCGUCCGUCGUGCCCGUCCUACAGGUGGUGCCCCAGGCCAUCCAGACCCAGCCAAAGGUCGUGCCAGUUUUGCAAAGGCUGGUGCCCGGGGGGUAUCAACAGCAACAGCCACAGCAGCAGCAGCUACAGCUACAGCCUCAGUUCAACGCAAGACCGGUACAGCAACCGCCUUUCAACCAACAGCAACCACCUUUCAACCAGCAGCAACCGACUUUCAACCAGCAGCAACGUCCCGGAGCAGUACGUCAGUUCAGCAUUGAACCACAACAGAUGUGGUACGUGCCGAACAACCAGCAAGGCCGGUACUUUCAGUUGCCCCCUAUGCAGCGAACACUAGGACCGCCCAAGUACUAG